CCAGAGUCCAGGUCCAGUGAAACUGCAGUGGUUUUAAACUGAUAACAGCUGGGAGCUGAGCUCUGUACAGCUCAAUGUGUCUGUAGAAAUACCUUGGGACUGUAUCAACCUCUGCCUGCCAAUACUUCUUUUCUAUUUUAAUUCAGUAGUUCUUGGCAUAAACAAACUAUUUUUAAAGAAAGAUUUAAGAUGUUUUUCUCUGCGCUGUUCCUCCUCUCUCUAUUUUCCGGCUGGGGUUUGUUCGGUUCUGUGUCGGGCUCUCCCGCUGUGGAGGAAGCCUACAAGGACGUGGUCAGCGUCGUGUCUCCGGGACAGCAGGCUCUGACCGGGGAGUCCCUUCGCUCCGUCUUUAAUACACUGGAGAAACGUGUGCAGUGCGGUGGAGUGUCGUGUGAAAAGUGUGAUCUAACAGACGCCGUCCACCAGCUCUUCAGCAAUCACUCCAUCCACGGAGAGGAUGAAACUGGAAAAGGCAGAGAAAACGUAACCAUCAGUGUAGCUCAGUUCACCGACCUCGCCGCCGGCUGCGUCCUGUACCUGACUUCUCCCGGCCUGGUGUGCUCCGCUGUAAGGCAGGGGAGGUGGGGAGAGGAGACCGAACGUUUCCUGCACAAAAUCACACAUCAUGACCACCUCGAACAUGAACACAUAGACGGCCAUGGAUUUGAAGAGGUGCUCCAAGAGCUCCAACACCACUAUGAGCCAUCAGACAGCGAGAGCUGUGUGACAGCCAGUGACAUCAUGGCAGAGGUCAACGCAUCAGCACCAGACCAGAAACAGGAAGUGGGUGCAGUUUUGGGCCGCGUCCUGUAUCACGCUCUGCGAGGUCACUGCUUCAUCAGCCGGUCGCUGCCUGAGGAGAGCUUCUUCCUGGACUACAUCAUUGACCGUCUGGGAUCAGAGAACUUUACUGUCGGGGAUUUGGAGGCUCUUAUGAGGAGUUUGAACAUAGGUCCUGACGAUGAAAAAGAGCACGAGCAUGAGCACGAGCAUGAGCACCAGGAGGAUGAACACGCUGACCACGAUCACAGUGUUGCAAGACGGAGGAAGAGGAGCAGCCAUGAGCAUCAUGUGGGGCACGAAGGAAACACCACCUGGGAUCAGCACUGUUUCUCAGCUGAAGAGCUGGUCCUGAUCUUUGGUCUGGCCGACAACAGCUCAGCCUCCUCUGGUCUGGGCCGGUCUGAUGUGGCUCGCCUCAGCCCUGCGUUUGUCCAGCAGAUCCUGAGCGGAGCCUGUGGAGAUGUCACAGAUCAGCUGAAACCAGACCACCUCACCAAGACUGAGAGAUACCUCUAUGCAACCAUUGCCAAUGUGGUGAUAACACUGAUGUCCAUGUUUGGCAUUGUGUUGCUGCUGUGUACCUCCUGCACCAGUGUGUUCCAGUUGUGUGUCCAGUUUUGCAUCAGUCUGGCUGUAGGGUCACUGACUGGAGAUGCCUUACUGCACCUGCUGCCCAUGUUUCUAGGUUUACACGUGCACUCAGACGGCGGCGACAGCCACAAGCACUCACGUCAGGAAGAAACUCCAGACUACAUUUACAAGAUGCUGGUUGUGAUGGCCGGGAUUUAUUACUUUUACCUGAUGGAAACAAUCUUUUCUCUGAUCACAUACAAGGAAAACCACCACCAUCACCAACACCAUCAUGGUGAAGAAUCAGAGCCUCACCACUGUGACCAUGGGAGGGUUUUAGAGAUGUAUCAGCAGGAAAGGAAACAAAAAGACAAGUCAGCAUCAAAAGCAGACCUGGUUGGCUAUGAAGACAAUGAGAAAUCAAUUUCAGAGCCAAAAGAGCGCACAAGAGAACAGCGUCUGCUGCCUUACAUGAUAACUAUCGGUGACGGGAUCCACAACUUUGCAGAUGGCUUAGCGAUAGGUGCAGCUUUCUCCCUGUCAUGGAAGUCUGGUUUGGCUACAUCACUCGCUGUACUCUGCCACGAGCUACCACACGAACUCGGUGAUUUUGCCAUUUUGCUGCACAGCGGCGUGUCUGUCCGCAGGGCGUUACUUUUAAACAUCGGCAGCGCCAUGACCUCAUUCGUGGGCCUGUACAUCGCUCUGUCUGUUGCCACUGACCUUGCGACCAAACAGUGGAUAGCUGCCAUCACUGCAGGACUAUUCCUGUACGUGGGACUGGCUGAUAUGCUCCCCACCAUGGUCCACAUCAGCAACAAGAAACCCUGGCUGAUGUUUCUGCUGCAGAACGUCGGCCUUCUAACCGGAUGGGGUAUUCUGUUGUUGUUGUCACUUUACGAAGAGAGGAUCAGCUUUUAAAACAUGGACUUAAAGGCCAGCACGUGGGUCUGCUCAGUCACUGUGCCUUGUUUCUGGUGUAAUCAAUAUAGAUUGUAAAAUUGAUGAAUGAAUGACAUAUAUAGUAACAUUUAGGCAUGUUAUACUGUGACAGAUUGAAAGAGCUGAGGUAGACGGACCGCUACCAAACACUCCUGGCUCCCACUAACGAAAGGGUAAGGAAACGGUCAGAUGAGGAACUAAUCCAGUCAUAGAAGUUAAAAUUUGCUGUGCCUGCCUUAAACUCAGAAACCCCUUGACCACAGAUGAAGUGACCAUGUUUCAAUAGUGGUGGGGGAAAAAAAUUCUAAACAUCUUAACACAUAUUUCAGUUCAGUAUAACACCACAAACUACAACCAAGAGAGCUGAAGUAACUCUGUAACUCUGACAGUCCCAAGAAAAGUGAACGUGAUAAACUAGGUAGAAUUUAUUACAAGACCUCUGUAGAGGACAGCACUGGAUGUAGCAAGGGGUACCUAUUAAACUGAACUCUCAGGGUACAGAACACAUUGGUGCUAGCAUUGUGGUAAAAAUGCUGACAUUGGAUAUUUGCCCACCUCAUCGUUUCUCUCUUUUUAUGUAGCCGGUGACACAUGCACGCACAUCAUUUUCUCUCAGCUGACUUUUUACAGUCCUGUUAAAGUUUCUCCACAGUGACUCAGUUCAGAUUGUUUGUUUUUUUUUAUUCCGCAGCACUGAAAAGUGUGAUAUGAUAAAAAUGACACUAGAUAUCAGAAUAUGCUGUACAUGUGUUGGUUCCCUUUAAAAUCCUUAAGAGAUAUACUUGAAUCAUACAGCUUUGUACAGAGUUGUUCUUUUCUUGUGCUUUUUAUUAAAUAUAUCUGUUGAGUCUUUCAGAAAACAUAAAUUUAUUGACUAAACAAAAAAGCCCAAAACACUAAUUAUGAUUAAGGUAAAUGUAUUUAAAAAAGUGUUAAUAUGUUGGUAUAUACAGUAUGGUAUAUCUUUUGUAUUUUUGCCUUGUUUGACAAUUAAAAAAAACUUUUAAAACUC